CUCCAAGCCUACAAGGUCACGGCCUACAACACUCGACAAACAGGGAAGAAAGCUUAGUGUUGGAGGGGUCAUCACACCAAUCCUUUGUGCAGCAGGAGUCCAUGGACAAGAGAAGGUCUACUCCAGCCAGGUGGAUGGACAUCAAGUUUUGCAAGACCAACCUCCUCAUUGAGCACAAGGAGUUGGAUGGGAGGUUCCAAUUCAAGUUCACACAUCCAUUGGCUGGCCCUCCAAGCUUCUCCUGCCCAACCCAGAGCUCACCACAGUAG